AUGGAUGCUUUGCUUAUGGCUUUGUUCGAGGGUGUCGAGAAGGGAUUCGCCAAGGAAGCUGCCAAGAAGAAGAUGUAUCUGGCUGCUGCCAUUGUAGCCCAAGGUGGAGAUUCACAGUUGCUUUCUACUUGGUUCCAUCCAGGGUUUCUUUCAGGAAUCUUGUUCAGUGCUCAGCCGUUUGUUGAAUGGCUGCAGAAUGCUGAAUCGGAGAGCGAAGAGGAAUGA